UAAAUUCUGUAUCCGGAUGAAAUUUUGGGUGAGACCACGACUGGUUGGCACACCACGACCCAGCAAGUGAAAAUAAGGCAGACAGGAGGAACAGCCAUCUCCGUGUAAAGAUUGAAGGGGUCUGUGGAACACAUUUAUGGAUGGGAAACAAAAACAAAAUUGCUGGAAAAGCUGAACAGGAACUAUGGAGACUACAUGGUAUCUUUAGUACCACAGUGUCAUUGACUACAACAAGCAUAAAGCUGCAGAGACACUGACAGUGAACUGAGUCCACAAAUGGAGAAAGUGUCUGGCUUAAUUGUGGGAUUCAUGCUGUUGUCCCAACUAGAAGUGGGAAUUUCCUACAAAUUGAUUUGUUAUUUCACAAACUGGGCCCAGCACAGACCAGGAAUAGGCAAGUUUAUGCCAGAAAACAUUCCUCCUUGCCUGUGCACCCAUCUAAUUUAUGCAUUUGCUGCCAUUGAUAGUCACCACAAGAUUGUGACUAAGGAAAAAAAUGAUGAAGCUCUUUAUGCAUCAUUUAACAGUCUCAAAAAAAAGAAUCCUACCUUGAAGACACUCUUGGCUGUUGGAGGAUUUAAUCCACAAAGGUUCAGCACUACAGUUGCUUCUAAGAAAACUCGUGCAGCAUUCAUCUUCUCUGCAAUCAAAUUUGUUAGGAAGUAUGAUUUUGAUGGGUUAGACUUAGUGUGGGACCACCCAGGGUCAAGGGGAAGCCCAUUUGACAACAAGAAAAGAUAUACCGUUUUGCUUAAGGAAUUGAGACAAACCUUACAAAGUGAAUCUAAACGCAGUAAAAAACCCAGACUAUUACUAGCAGCUGCAUUGCCUGCUAGUAAGGCUAAAAUUGAUGCUGGUUUUGAGGUGAAGAAAGUUGGUCAGUACUUGGAUUCAAUCCACGUGAUGACAUAUGAUUUCCAUGGUGCCUGGAAUUCAUUCACUGGACGUAACAAUCCCUUGUUUCAUGCCAUUCCAGAGCAGCGUGAAUCUACGUUUUUCAACAUGGAAUUUGCUGCCAAAUACUGGAGAGAUAAUGGCUUACCGGCAGAAAAAAUCAUCAUUGGCUUCCCAACAUAUGGACGAACCUUCAUGCUUAAGAGUUCCAGCAAUAACAGUGGUGGUGCCCCAACGGUUGGACCAGGCCCAGCUGGUACCUACACAAGAGAUCCUGGUUACUGGGCUUAUUACGAGAUCUGUGACUUCUUGAAAAAUUCUGAAACGCAAAUGUUUCCAGCGGAGAUUGUCCCAUUGGCUUCGAAGGGAAAGGUGUGGCUUGGAUAUGAUGAUAUGAACAGCUUUGAGACCAAAGCUGCGGAAAAUCAAACACAGACAACAGUCAUAGAGUAGCUACGGAUAUUGAUCAGGGAUGGUGUGCCAACAAAGAAAUUGGUAUUUACCCUGACCCAACAGAUGUAUCCAAAUUCUACCGUUGUGCUAAGAUAGCUGUGCAUGAACGCUGUGCUG